AUGUCAGUGUUGUCCUCAACGCUGGAUUCCUAUAGGAUUCAGUUGAAGAAUACUUCUGAAGUCACCAUGUUUAUAUUGCUGGGCUUCACAGAUGACAUUGUGCUGCAAGUCUAUCUCUUUUUAUUAUUUCUUGUAAUCUAUAUUUUUACUCUGGUGGGAAAUUUGGGACUGAUUUUAUUAGUCAUCAUAGAUUCCCGACUCCACAACCCCAUGUAUUAUUUUCUGAGUGUAUUAUCUUCCAUAGAUGCCUGUUAUUCUACAGUUGUCACCCCAAAAAUGUUGGUUAAUUUUCUAGCAAAGAAUAAAACCAUCUCUUUAUUUGGAUGUGCAACACAGAUGCUGCUCUUUAUCAUUUUUGGGACCACAGAAAGUUUUCUUUUGGCAGCAAUGGCAUAUGAUCGCUAUGUAGCAAUCUAUAACCCACUUCAGUAUUCAAUUAUUAUGUCACCCAGAGUUUACGUGCCACUCAUCAUUGCCUCGUAUGUUGGGGGUAUUCUGAAUGCUAGUUUUCACACAGCAGCAACUUUUAGCCUCUCUUUCUGUGCAUCCAAUGAAAUUAAGCAUGUCUUUUGUGAUAUUCCUCCACUUCUUGCAAUCUCCUGUUCUGACACUUAUAUCAACCAACUUCUCCUCUUCUGUCUUGUGAGUUCUAUUGAGAUAUUUUCCAUCUUGAUUGUCUUGAUCUCCUACAGUUUCAUUUUACUGGCUAUUCUGAGGAUGCGUUCUGCUGAAGGGAGGAGAAAAGUAUUUUCCACCUGUGGCUCUCACCUAACUGGAGUGUCAAUUUAUCACGGAACAAUACUCUUCAUGUAUGUGAGACCAAGUUCCAGCUAUGCUUUGGACCAUGACAUGAUAGUAUCUACAUUUUACACCAUUGUGAUUCCCAUGCUGAAUCCCAUCAUCUAUAGUUUGAGGAAUAAAGAUGUAAAAGAAGCAAUGAAAAAAUUGUUUCAGAGACUUGGGUUCAUAAAGAAAAUACAUUCUUCUCAUUGA